CCAUUUGGCAUCAGCACACGUUGGUCGCCGUAACUUUUUGAUCAACAGCAAGAUGUCCGGAGGAUUAGAUGUGCUAGCCCUGAAGGAGGAAGAUGUGGUCAAAUUCUUGGCCUGUGGGACCCAUUUGGGCUCAACAAACACAGACUUCCAGAUGGAGGCAUACAUAUACAAACGUAAACCUGAUGGUGUGUUCAUCAUCAACCUGAGAAAAACCUGGGAGAAGCUCCUGCUGGCUGCCCGCGCUAUCGCUGCCAUUGAGAACCCAGCUGAUGUGUGUAUCAUCUCUGCCCGUCCCUAUGGUCAGAGAGCUGUCCUGAAGUUUGCUCAGUACACCGGGGCAACACCCAUUGCUGGUCGUUUCACGCCUGGAACUUUCACCAAUCAGAUUCAGGCUGCUUUCCGUGAGCCUCGUCUCCUUGUGGUCACUGACCCUCGUACUGACCACCAACCUGUCACUGAGGCCUCCUACGUCAACAUCCCUGUCAUUGCUCUGUGCAACACAGACUCCCCUCUGCGCUAUGUUGAUAUUGCCAUCCCUUGCAACAACAAGGGUAUCCACUCUAUCGGUUUGAUGUGGUGGCUCUUGGCCCGGGAAGUUCUCCGUCUGCGAGGAAGCAUCAGCCGAGAACAUCCCUGGGAUGUUAUGGUGGAUCUCUUCUUCUACAGAGACCCAGAAGAGGCCGAGAAGGACGAACAAGCUGCCUUGGAUCGUGCCCAGCAGCGUGAGGGUGAGUUUACAGAACAGUGGGCUGAGGGUGCUGCGCCUGUGCCAGCUGCUGUACCCGAGGUGACAGACUGGGCUACUGACACUGCCCCAACAGUACCUUCAGUGCCCAUCCAGCCGGCGUUCAGCGCUCCCACAGAGGAUUGGUCUGCGGAGGCCCAGGACUGGUCUGCUGGAGCAGCCACAACAACUGCCCCAGCCCCUGUGGCAACCACCCAGAAUGAGUGGGGUGGAACUGCAGGGGAGCAGUGGAACUAACCCACUGACUGUCCACAUACAGUAACCUGGGGAUUUUUGUACGUGAAGUUGUUACAUGAAGUCUGAAAUAAAACACGUACAUGAAAUAAAA